AUGACAGAAAUAGCAAAUCUUCUACAGGUUCCAUUAAAACAAGGAACAAACAAAAAGGGUGCAUAUAAUAGAACUAUGAAAGUUCCAGACGGAAUGAAAGAAUUAGUUCAUUGUGUUGCCGGUCUUCAAAAGGAUGUUAAACAAAUGAGAAACGUUUUAACAUUACCAGAAGCUCAAGCAUAUGCCAAACGUCACGGACCAAAUUGGGAAGCACACGAAGCAGACAUUACGGGUCCAAAUGGAAAACCUGAUGGAAUAAAUGAAGUUUUCGUUACUGAUGGUCAAGGAAAUAUUAAAGUCAUAAAUGGGUAUAAAUUAACAAUGACGGAUUAUCCUAAACGUAAAGCAUAUAAUGAACAUUAUCCUAUGCAAUUUGAUGAAAAUGGAAAAGCUGUUAAACAAUACAUUGGAGAAGGUGAAAAUGGUCCAAUUAAUUCAUACCGUCAUAAUCCAUAUUCUUACUUCAAUGAAGAAUUAAAUGCUAUUGAAGAGGGACCGGAUGGAUUACCACGAUAUUCUAACCAGUUUGAUG